AUGAGGGUCGGGGUUACGAACUGGCCAGAAAGCUCGAGGCCUGCGGGGUGUGGCGCUCGUGGCUGGGCGACUCCAAAUACGCCGGUUUCUCCGAUUUCCUCAACUCGCCUUCCUCAUGGAAAGCCUUCAUGCGGACCGACGAGUCCAAUUCUAGGGCUCAUAUCCAUCUCCAACUCCGGGUUCGAGCGCUCCUCUUCGACAAGGCUAGCAUCUCUCUCGUCUUCUUUGUCUCUAGCGUCUUCUUCUAUUGCAGUUUCAAAGCUCAAUCCGAGUUAUUUGAGAUUGCGCGGUGAUGACGUUUACUUCACGUUGGAGAACUCUGCACAAGACUGGGUACAACAGCGGGAAGGUGGUGUUUUGUCCAAUACAGCGUCUUCCAAGGUUUACUCUUCCAGUUUGGUAGAUGUGGAGAGGGAUUAUUUGUCGAUAGAUAAAAGAUAUCCUAGACUCUUUGUGUCCCCAGAAUUUUCCAAGGUUUUGUGAACUGGCCAAAGGAGAAUCUUAAACUUCCAAUCCAUUCACCUGUCAGGUGCCAGUCUUUGAUUCUAUUGUUUCAGUGGUUUUGAAAGUUUUUGGUAGAGCAAUUUACUCCUGCUUGUUGAUUUACAUGUUGUAAAGUAUACAUCUACCAGAGAGUAGAAAGAAAAUGUCAAAAUUGUAUAGGACUUUUGUUCAUUCUUGUUUCUUGGGUUUAAAAUUCUAUACAUAUUCUUCAUUGCAUGGAAUCUGCAUCUACAAUAGGCACUCUGCACCUGCAUCUACAAUAGACAAUCUGCAUCUGCAUCUGCAUCUGCAAUCUGCACCUGCAUCUGCAAUCUGCACCUUCAUAUGUAAUCUGCACCUACAUCUGCAAUCUGCACCUGCAUCUGCACCUGUAAUCUGCACUUACAUUGCAAUCUGCACCUAUAAUUUGCAUCUGCAAUCUACACCUACAUCUGCAUCUGCAAUAGAUGUGAUUGUAGUGCUUGCUCAAAUCGUCUGAGUUAUUAAGUACUUUAUUGAGAAUAAAAAUUGAUGUAAUCUAGAAAUGUUGGUCUUGCCUAGGAAUGUUGGUGUUCCUAGGCAAGAAAUUUUUAAUAAUAUGUAAUCCCAUGAAAAAUGACCUUGUUAAGCUUGAUACAUCACACAUUUUUUUCCUUUUAUAAUUGAGAGGAAAGGGAAAAUUCUUUCAUAUGUUACUGUGACAUACUUAUUUUUUUAACCAAUCAGAAUUUAUUUGAUUGGUAAUAUCAGUGAUAUUGACUCACUCUAUAUGAUUCGAUCCCUGUGAGUGAAAAAGACUUGUGUAUGGUUGGCUUAUCCCUUUCCAGGAAAAUGACGAGAAAGAAAAUUCAGAUAAAGAGGAUCGACAACACCACAGCACAGCAGGAUUGAACCAAAAUAUCAAGAAAUAGAGCAAAAACAUUUCAGAAGCUGUCGAAGAUUGAUGGAAAAGCUAGCUAAACCCAUAUAGAAAAACUUUCACUUGUAAAUUUAUAUUCCAUUGUGAUAUAUUGGAUGGUUUUAUGUAAAACUUAAAACAAUGGUAGUGCAAUGGUUAAGCUUCAAAUAUGUACUUUGAGGUUAUAUGAAUGAUGUUUCAAACAAAAACUGAAUUUCUCCAAA